AUGUUUUCAUCAAUGGAUUCAAACAUUAGCAUUUAUCUCACUUGUAUAUUUUCUCUCUUGGUUGCAAUAGUCUGUGUGAUAAUUUUUGCGAAGAAGAAAAAUAAUGAGAAGGAAAGCAAGAAGAAACUUCCACCGGGCAAUAUGGGGCUUCCAUGGAUAGGUGAAACAAUGGAGUUUUACAAAGCACAACGAACAAACAAAUUAUUCGAGGAGUUUGUUCAACCCCGGAUUCAAAAGUAUGGGAAAAUCUUCAAAACAAGGCUUAUGGGAUUGCCGACAGUUGGAGUAAAUGGACCAGACACUAGUCGGUUCUUCCUAUCGAACGAGUUCAAGUUGGUGAUAAGCUCCUGGCCUUUGUCAUCAGUUCAAUUGAUGGGAAAGGAUUCAAUCAUGGAAAAACAAGGGGAACAACACCGGUGCCUUCGCGGGAUCAUAGUCUCAAGCCUUAGUUGUGCAGGGCUUGAGGCCAUGGUGCCCAAGAAAUGUGACUCGGUUGAGUCACAAUUGAAUAAAUUUUGGAAAAACAAACAGCAAAUUAGUUUAUACCAUAUGACUAAGAUUUUGACGUUUACAAUUGUGUUUGAGUGCUUGCUAGGGAUCAAUGCGGAGCCACAAAUGUUGGGGAUAUUUGAGAGAGUGUUGGAAGGUGUUUUUCUCCUUAUUAGGGUUCCUGGUUCGAAGUUUUCUAGGGCCAAGAAAGCGAGAGAGGAGAUCGAAAGGGUGUUGAUCGAUGUAGUGAGGGAGAAGAAGAGGGAGAUGGAAGGAGGAGGAGGAGGAGGAGCGAGAGAAGAGACGUUAUUUUCUCGGAUGGUGGCCGGGAUGAUGAAAGAGAAGAUUAGGGAGGAAGAGGUGGUUGACAAUAUGGUGUUGCUUGUUUUUGCGGCUCAUGACACUACCUCUUUUCCCAUUGCCAUGACGUUUAGGAUGCUGGCUCGCCACCCAAAUUGCUUCUCUCUUCUCCUUCAAGAACAUGAAGAUAUAUUAAGCAACAAAAGAGCAGGUGAGUAUCUGACAGUGGAAGACACAAAGAAGAUCAAGUAUACCUGGCAAGUAGUUCGAGAGAGCAUGCGUCUGUUCCCUCCCAUAUUUGGUUCAUUCAGAAAAGCCAUCGCUGACAUUGAAUAUGAAGGAUUUAUCAUCCCUAAAGGAUGGAAGGUUCUGUGGACUACUUAUGCUACACACUACAAUGCGGACUACUUCCCAGACCACAUGGCUUUCGAUCCAAGUCGCUUUGAGGAACCGAUACAGCCCUACAUUUUUCUACCAUUUGGCGGAGGGCCAAGAAUAUGCGCAGGGCACCAAUUGGCUAAGUUAAACAUCCUCAUCUUCGUUCAUUUCGUUGUAACCCGUUACAAUUGGUCACUCCAAUAUCCGGACGAACCAAUCACCACGGACCCCCUUCCAUUUCCGUCCCAUGGAAUGCCCAUAAACAUUUAUCCCCAAAAGUUGUAAAGCUAGCCACAGGAGGUCGUGUAAUUUGGGGUAAUUCUGUCUCUCCUACAGAGAAUAUCAGUUGGUUCUCUUUUACAUGCAAUUAUGUGGUAGAAAUGAAUUUCUAAACUGCUACGGCAUGAAAACUCUCUGCUAUGCUAACGAUCAGUGUUCAAAUAUACUUUGUCAAGGAACUGUCAGUUACGGUGGACACAAAUCAUAUUAGCAAAUAUCAUACCACUGUAUCAAAUGUCCAAAAUUCGAUGCAUAAAUAUCGGCCGACAUUUAAAACCUUAUGAACGAUUCAAGCAACUCAGGCUACGAUUGUUAAUGUAAUCAGCAAUCAUUACAAAGAAUGACAGAAAACAAGGGUUUGAAUGGCAAUGCACAGAGACGGCAUAAAGUAAUUCUCACAAACUA